AGGCUCAGAAAGGCCCGUUGCUUCUCUCCCGCCACACUCUCUACCCAAGAAUGCAGAUUCUCUCAGCUCCAUCGUCCCGCUAUCUCCCCUUUGAAAUCUCGAAGCCGCAAUCGAAGCAGCCAGGAAUUUCCUCACCGGAGAAGUGGCUUCAGAUAUCGGUAACGAAUCCUUCCUCAUCGCUAUUUCCUGCUCUGAGAAGCAGCAGCAGCAGCUCUCACAAGCCGUCCUGCUGCUUUACAACGAGAGCUGCUUCUACUGAAGUUGGUGCUUCCGAGACAUCGGCUGAAUCGAGAUCAUCCGCCGAGAGCGACGUGCUGAAGGCCUUGUCUCAGAUUAUCGAUCCUGAUUUCGGAACGGACAUUGUGACUUGUGGAUUCGUCAAAGACCUAGAGAUAGAUGAAGCUCAAGGAAAGGUUUCGUUUAGGUUGGAGCUCACUACCCCGGCAUGUCCAAUCAAGGACUUGUUUGAGAAGCAGGCAAAUGAGGUGGUCGCGGGGCUUCCAUGGGUGAAGAAUGUUAGUGUGACAAUGUCAGCACAGCCAGCUAAACCUAUGUACGGGGCGAUGCUUCCUCCUGGAUUACAGACCAUUUCGAAUAUCAUUGCAGUUUCAAGUUGCAAGGGAGGUGUUGGGAAAUCGACUGUUGCUGUGAAUCUUGCGUAUACUUUGGCUGGUAUGGGUGCUAGGGUAGGGAUAUUUGAUGCUGAUGUGUAUGGUCCAAGUUUACCAACAAUGGUCUCUCCUGAAAACCGGUUGCUGGAGAUGAAUCCAGAGAAGAAAAGUAUUAUACCUACUGAAUACUUGGGGGUCAAGUUGGUUUCCUUUGGAUUCGCUGGACAAGGUCGUGCUAUAAUGAGGGGUCCAAUGGUUUCGGGAGUUAUCGACCAGCUUCUCACGACUACUGAGUGGGGAGAGCUGGAUUACCUUAUCAUUGACAUGCCACCGGGAACUGGUGAUAUACAGCUUACUUUAUGCCAGGUUGUCCCAUUGACUGCUGCUGUCAUUGUGACCACCCCUCAGAAGCUUGCGUUCAUCGAUGUUGCUAAAGGAGUUCGGAUGUUUUCAAAGCUUAAGGUGCCAUGCGUUGCUGUUGUGGAGAACAUGUGCCACUUCGAUGCUGAUGGAGAACGGUAUUACCCCUUUGGCAGAGGAUCAGGCUCUCAGGCAUGUAUACUUAUCAAACAAUUCUAUGCUUCCCAGUUUAAGGUUGUUCAGCAAUUUGGGAUCCCUCAUCUGUUUGAUCUUCCGAUCAGGCCAACUCUAUCAGCUUCAGGAGACAGUGGAGUUCCUGAAGUGGUUGCUGAUCCUCUAGGUGAAGUUGCAAAGACGUUCCAGGAACUUGGAGUUUGCCUCGUGCAACAAUGUGCUAAAAUACGCCAACAGGUUUCAACUGCUGUCACUUAUGAUAAAUCAAUAAACGCAAUCAAAGUGAAGGUGCCUGAUUCAGACGAGGAGUUUCUCCUUCAUCCUGCAACAGUAAGGCGAAACGAUCGUUCUGCACAAAGCGUGGACGAAUGGACUGGGGAGCAGAAGCUGCAAUACAAUGAUGUCCCAGAAGAUGUCGAACCGGAAGACAUUCGGCCAAUGGGAAACUAUGCAGUCCAAAUAACAUGGCCCGAUGGAUUCAGCCAGAUUGCUCCAUACGAUCAAUUGCAAACGAUGGAAAGGCUGGUUGGUGUUGUUCCCGUCAGUGUAAGCAGCUAAACUAGACACCUCUCUUCAUUCCCAUCAACUCUCUUGCAAGCUUUGUCAAACAUGAUGGUCAUAGGAGUGAGAAAGUUGCCAUUAGCACAGGCCAGUCUACCACAGAAGAGAGAGAGAGAGAGCGAGAACGAGAGUCGAGUCGAGACCGCCAUUGAAGAAGCUAACAAUUUUUUUCCAGUUUGCAUUUCUUCCGGCGGACUUCUGCCCUUCGAGGCGACGGGCGAUCGCUCGGAGAUUUAAAAUCUUACCGGCGAGCUCGUUGUUGUUGUUGUUGUUUCUAAUCUUUCGUUUUCUUCAUUUCCCUUCGCGUUGCUUUUGUCAAUCGGGGGAAACGAAUUAAGCUGACUGGUCCCUGGAACCCUAAUUCCGUCUUAACGGACGCCAUCCGAGCUCUCUCGAAUUUCUGACCGGGGGAGGGAAAACGCUCGAUUUAAAGAGAGCCGGAGGCGGGGGUCGUGUUUCGUCAUCGGGUUUAUUUUGUGGAUUUUGAGAUGGUUGGGGGAGGAGCGAGCGGGAGGAAGAAUGAGCAGGCGGUGCUGAACAGUAACAAUGUCUUCGCUGCGCUCGACACCUUGAGGAAGAAGAAGAAGAGUUCGAGCUCCUCCGCUGCUGCGAGUUCCGGCAAGGACCGGUCUAAAUCGAAAUCGAGCAAGGAGCAGACCGAGGCGGCGGAGAAGGUGUUCUGGGCUCCGGCACCGCUCACGACGAAGUCUUGGGCUGACGUCGAGGACGAGGAUGACGACGAUUACUACGCGACUACUGCCCCGCUUGCGCCUGCCUGGGGUGCCGCUCCCGGUGCCAAGCCGGAGAAGGAGGCCGUGGAGGAAAGUGAAAGUGAAGAAGAAGGUCUUGAUGAAGUCGAUGAUGAGGUGGAGGAUGUGGAGGAAGAACAUGAACCUGAGCCUGCCGCAGAAGUGGAGCCUGUUAAGAAGCAACCUGAGGUUUCUUUGCCUCAGAAGGAUACAGAAAGGCAACUCUCGAAGAAGGAAUUGAAGAAAAAAGGGCUUGAAGAACUUGAUGCUGUACUUGCAGAGUUAGGAUAUGCGAAACAGGAGUCGACUGGUCAGGAUACCUCUGAUGGAGAAAAGAAAACCGACAACAAUGGACAAGCGAAGAAGGAAAAUGCACCAGGUGAGAGCAAGAGUGCCAAGAAGAAGAAGAAGAAGGAAAAGACCUCAAAAGAAGCCCACAAGGAUUCCGAGGACCAGUCUCAAAUUGCAAGUGUUGUUGGACAUGGGACAGCGAAUAGCACUGCCGAAGCCGAGAAGUCGGAUGAUGCAUCGGGUGGUGUAGAUGUGAAAGAGAGGCUGAAGAAAGUGGUGGCCAAAAAGAAGAAAUCAAGCAAAGAAGUAGACGCUGCUGCCAAGGCUGCUGCUAGUGAGGCUGCCGCCAGGCGAGCAAAGGUUGCUGCCGCGGCAAAGAAGAAGGAGAAGGCUCACUACAAUCAGCAGCCUGUGCGGUAAGCCGCCGGCUAGGAUUGGAAAUUCAAAACUGUCCUUCCGUUUUUCUUCUUUUCCGCCCCUUUCAUUCCAGAGAACCCAGAACUUCUGUUUUGAUUUUGACAUUUGCAAAUAAAC